ACGGACCCACAGUUGCAAGCACUGUGGACAAGUCUUUACUUAUUGAAUGCAGUUUGAUCGAUUGAUGCAUUGGAAGCUACUUUGUAUCAGUUUCCAGUCCAUGCAACAUCGGCAGUUGUGGUGCCAUCUAGAAUUAUCUCACAUCAACCAUGUCUAACGAGUUUGAAGCCCGCAGACGGGAACCGAAAAAGCCACCCUUCAAGUUUUUGGUGCCUAUCAUCUAUGCUCCUAUUCUGCCCUUGAUUAGGAUUAGCUUGAAGAAGCAACCUAUUUUGCGAGAUCGGGUCUUUGGGGUUGUACUAGCAGCGGCACUAAUACAUGGUGGCUACCUUGUCUCGGAUCUCUACGACCAGGAAAGCAAAUAGGCUGCUCUUCAAAUUCCCAUUAAUGCCCGUAGUUUGAAUUCAUGCGUGCACCUCGGAAACUUGGUGCCUUGGCCUCGAUCCAGAACUUUAUCACCAGUAUCCGAAUCUUGAUGAAUUGUUUUUAGCUAUGCUUCUUUAUUGCUGAGACUCCCCUCUUAUUAUUAGGGGAUGCCGUCUCUGGUGUAAGAUUCAACCAAUAAUCUGCUCUAUCUGCUGAGUAAAGAUACCCACUUAAGACA